AUGGCUCGUGUACGGAGAAGGUCCAGUAACCUGGGGGCGGAUAUUCGGGGAGACACCACCGCUCCCGCCAUGUCCACCAUGAACGAAGUCAGCCCCAUUGAAUCCGAAGCGCCUAAAUGGGACAAGGCCUUGCAGAAUCAAUCCGCCGAGAAACUUUCCAAGCCGCAUACGAAGCGCCGCAAGAAGUCCCCGCUCCGUCGCUUCAAGGAUGCGUGUCUCAAGCAUACUUGGCUUCUGCCUCUCCUCAUGCUCGUCGUUCUUCUGUCACUCUAUGCCAUCAACCCGACCGAGUCCAAUCCCAUGCAUAGCGCCAUCUUCUUGUCUUAUCCUCUGCCUCCGAAGGUCCCUGGUGGUCCGAUCAUGUAUGGGAAGGGCCCUAAGGAUAUUACCUUUGUUUCGUUCUACACGAUUGUUCUGUCAUUUACUCGGGAAUUUCUGAUGCAGCGCCUGAUCCGGCCUUUCGCCGUAUACUGUGGGAUUCGGGGCCGGGGUAAGACUGCUCGUUUCAUGGAGCAGGUCUACACUGCGAUCUACUUUGGCAUCUUCGGUCCAUUUGGUCUGUACGUCAUGAGCCGGUCGGAUAUCUGGUAUUUCAACACUACGGCCAUGUUCGAAGGGUUCCCCCACCGGGAGCACGAAGGGUUGUUCAAGGCAUUCUAUCUGCUCGAGGCUAGUUACUGGGCCCAGCAGGCGAUUGUCCUGAUGCUGCAGCUGGAGAAGCCGCGCAAGGAUUUCAAGGAGCUGGUGGGACACCACAUCAUCACUCUAGCUUUGAUCGGAUUGAGUUAUCGCUUCCACUUCACCUACAUGGGUAUCGCCGUCUACAUCACGCACGACAUCUCGGAUUUCUUCCUUGCUACCUCCAAGACCUUGAACUACCUCGACCACAUCAUCACUGUUCCUUACUUUGGUAUGUUUGUGGGAAUGUGGAUCUACCUUCGCCAUUAUCUGAACCUUAAGAUCCUCUGGGCUGUGUUGACCGAGUUCCGCACGGUUGGACCGUUCGAGCUGAACUGGGAGACUCAACAGUACAAGUGCUGGAUCAGUCAGUACAUUACUUUUGCCCUGUUGGCCAGUCUGCAAGCUGUGAACCUCUUCUGGCUUUUCCUGAUCCUGCGCAUCCUGAAGAACUACAUCUUCACCAACGUCAAGAAGGACGAGAGAAGUGAAGACGAAGACUCGGAGGAGGAGGAAGUCCCUGUGCCGGACACGAACACCCACGCCACCCUUGCUACCGGCGUUGAGGGAACCACCGUGACUGCACGUGGCAAGGAAAACCAGACUCCGCAGGUGCUGAUCAACGGCAAGCCCGUCAACUCCAAGAACUGA